AUGUUGAUAUCCGAUAUUCUUUCAGAAGUUUUUGAAUAUUUGGAUGACCGAGAUGAAAAUCUUGGUUCACCAAGAAAAAAAUACGAUUUACCCGUUUUUAAUUAUCCAAGUUUUUUAAAAAAUAUUGACUACUAUGAAAUGAUUUCAUUUGUCAAAAACUGGUGUAUAUAUUACUUGGAUGAUAAUACGGAAGAAAGUAUUUCAGCAAUUUUACGAUCAAUUUUAAAAUUAUUUGUUGCAAGGUCUACUCAUUUAAACACCCUUAGUAUUAGAAGUACUAGUUGUGAAGAGAAAUAUAUGCUAUUGGCUGAACCUACAAUUUUUCCUUUGAUAAUACCAUUAAAAAAUUUAAAUAUCAAUUGUUAUUCAAUCGAUAGACUAAAAAUGGCUGAAAAUAGUCCAAAAGUUAAUCUUUUGAACGCGUUUGUUAAACAAUGCCGGCAUUUGAACACAAUUAGAGUAAACAACUUGAGUGUGAAUGAUGAAUCUUCAAUGCUCGUUGCAAAAAAACUUGCUAAACUCAUAGAACGUCAACGAGGACUUAAACGUAUAAUUUUAUCAAGAUGUAAAACAUUCACAAACAUUAUAAUUCCUUCUUUGGCGAAACAAAAACAUUCAUUACGACAUGUUGGAUUUCGAGGUGUCGAUUUUGAUGGAUGUUGUAAAUGGGACACUUUGAAAUAUUGUACAAAAUUAGAAAGAAUAGAUAUGGUUGAUUGUUGUAACCUGGAUAAUGCUAUGAUUUCUCCUUUAGUUAACUCUCAUAGCAAAAGAUUAAGGCGUGUUAGCAUAUAUAAUUGUCUACCAAUUCGUAUUAGUGAUAAAUUAGAAUCUUGGGCUUAUAGGAUUGAUAAUCGAAAACGUCAGCAUUGUUAA